GAGUGUCCAGAGGUGUGGGCUUCAUUCGAUUUGACCGGCGUGUCGAGGCCGAGGAGGCGAUUAAAGGGCUGAACGGACAGAAACCACCAGGUGCCACCGAGCCAAUCACGGUGAAGUUUGCCAACAACCCCAGUCAGAAGAGCAGCCAGGCGCUGCUGUCCCACCUGUACCAGUCGCCCAACAGACGCUACCCAGGACCGCUGGCGCAGCAGGCCCAGAGAUUCAGGCUGGAUAAUCUGCUCAACAUGGCAUAUGGAGUCAAGAGGUAUGUUCAUUUGAGCUGCUGCUUGUUAAAGCA